UGACAAUUCAGUUUUCACAUUUCAGUUUUGAAUUGAGUCCGCAUAUUUUAUUUUUAUAUUGUCCAGAUAAUUGCCUUUUUAGUUCUUAAUAUUCAACAUUAAAAACAGUAAAAAUGUCGAAUAUUCAACUACAAUGUCUUUUAGGAUUACAAUGUAAUGAUUUCGUUAUGAUAGCUGCGGAUCAGACCACCAGUCACAGUAUAAUGGUGAUGAAGGAUGAUGAGGAGAAAAUAUACAAAAUAUCUGACAAGCUUGUAAUGGCUGUAACGGGGGAUUCCGGUGAUACAACACAAUUUGCCGAAUACAUCGCAAAGAAUAUUCAGUUGUAUAAAAUGCGUAAUAGUUAUGAGUUGGGACCUUCUGCUGCAGCCAAUUUUACCCGUCGGAAUUUAGCUGAAUACCUCAGAAGCAGUACCCCAUAUUUUGUAAAUAUUUUGAUGGGAGGAUAUGAUAAUGAGACUGGGCCGGAGCUAUACUUCAUGGACUACUUGGCAUCAAGUGUGAAGGUUCCAUUUGCAGCUCAUGGAUUUGGUGGCUACCUCAGUUUGAGUAUUAUGGACCGCUAUCACAAGAAAGAUUUAACAGAAGAAGAAGCAUACAAUAUCCUGAAGUUGUGUGUUCAAGAGGUACACAGACGUCUAUUUGUUAGUCUCCCCAACUUUCAAGUAACUAUUGUCAAUAAAGAUGGGGUAAAAGCUCUACCAGUUAUCAAUGCUAAAUCUCUAUGAUGUUUUUUUAAGAUUAAAGUGUAAAAAGUAA